GGAACAGACGCACGCGGACCGUAGCGCUGUCACGUUGCGUCACGCGGCACUAUCUCAGCCAGCCGUCCAGCACAGCGGACCGGUCCAUCGAUCACCGAUGGCCUCCUCGCUCCGCCAUUUCGCGGGCCUCGGCUGUUUCUCCGCCGCGGCGUCUAGCUCUGCCUCCACCAGCUUCCUGCCCGGCUACGCCCCCGACUUCUGCGUAUUCGUGGCGCUCCGUCCGAUCAAGCCGCCCGCCACCGCCGUAGCGAACCCUCCCGCCUCUCCAUCUCCGCUGGAGGAGGAGCACCGGCAGCAGGCCGCCGUUCCAUGGCACAGCGACGACCCGCCAGCACCAUCCGUUCCUGCGCCGCUGCGGGUGGGGAUCGUCGGGUUCGGCAACUUUGGACAGUUCAUCGCGGGCGGCGUGCAGCGGCAGGGCCACACCGUGCUCGCGGCCUCCAGAACCGACUACUCUGCCUACUGCGCCCAGCAUGGAAUUCGCUUCUUCAGGAGCGUCGACGCGCUGUGCGAGGAGCAGCCGGACGUGCUGCUCAUCUGCAGCUCCAUCCUGUCCACGGAGAGCGUCGUCCGAGCCAUCCCCUUCCACAAGCUCCGCCCCGACACCAUCGUCGCCGACGUGCUCUCCGUCAAGGAGUUCCCCCGCAAUCUCCUCCUCGAGGUUCUCCCACCAGGAUUCGGGAUCAUCUGCACACACCCGAUGUUCGGGCCGGAGAGUGGCAAACACGGCUGGGGCAAGCUUCCCUUCGUCUUCGACAAGGUCCGUGUCGCGGACGACGGGGAUCAGGCGGCAACGUGCGACCGGUUCUUGAGCAUAUUUGAGCAGGAGGGUUGUAGGAUGGUGGAGAUGUCGUGUGCCGAGCAUGAUCGCUACGCCGCGGGGAGCCAGUUCAUCACGCACACAAUUGGGAGGGUUCUGUCACAGCUGAACCUCAGUUCAACCCCAAUCAACACCAAGGGCUACGAGACCCUGCUGCAACUUACCCAGAACACCGUAAGCGACAGUUUCGACCUGUACUACGGGCUCUUCAUGUACAAUAUCAAUGCCACAGAGCAGCUCGACAGGCUGGAAAUGGCAUUUGAGAAGGUGAGACAGAUGUUGUCUGGCAGGCUCCACGACUUCAUAAGAAAGCAGAUUGUGGAGAGGGCGGACCCUUCAGGAAAAUUGGCAAAUGGCAGGUCCAGUUCUCCUGCAGCGCACCACUUAUCGACAUUAACAGAAGAAAAUAAGACACGUGUAUCCCCCGCUCUUACUCUAGCCUCUCCUACGCUUUAGUUAAACUUGUAUAAAUUUGACCAUGUUUUGUUAAUAAAAAAAUAUUGAUA